AUGACGGAUGUUGUCAUCCUACCCUUCAUUUCCAAGGCAGAUCUUAUUUGCAUCCAGAAAAAUGUGGAAAAGAAAGCUCUAUUUGAUCACCUGGAUUCCAUUUUUCUUGCUCUAGAUGAAAUCAUUGACGAAGGGAUUGUUCUUGAAGCAGAUCCAAAUGCUGUUGCACAAAGAGUUUCACUGAGAGGGGAUGAUGUACCAAUUACUGAACAGACCAUGUCACAGGUCAUCAGCAGCAAGUUGGAUGUGCUACAGUCAGCCAAGGAUCAACUGAAGUGGUCAUUAUUAAAGUAGCAUCAAACCAUCUUUUCACCAUCUCUUGUAAAAAUGUAUCAUCAUGAUAAAUUCAUGAUGUAUAGUCUAAUAUUCAUAUGUAAAUAUAGAUAGGAGGAUGUUAACCCAAGUCAAGUUUACUCUGACAUGAUGCUGAUUUGAACAAAGAUAUUCAAAUAUGAACUAGGAGAACAGUAUGAAUUUCAUCAUUAUGGCCAAAGUGUAGUAUUUUUAGUUUUAAGCAUUAUUUCAUUGAACAGUGAUAUACAGAGCCUACAUUAGGCUGUAUGGAAAUGAGUGAGAUGGUGAUGUCAAAUAUUCAUUUUUUCAUUAGGUAUUUUAUAAUUUAAAUUCCCAAAUAUUCACUUUCAUCAGAGAUGUGUACAAAAAUUGUUCAUUGUCUCAUAUGAGCACUUUAUGCAUCCAGCGAGAAUUUAAAAGUAUGUUGAAUCACAUUCUGUGAUUAGAGGGUUCAAAAUUUGAUGGAAAACAUAAGGAAAACCAGGUUUGUGACAUAGGUUUACGAAUUAGCAUACAUCAUUUACUGUUGCAUGAAAUUGGCAAACUUAAAAACUCCAUAUUUUGUUAUUUAUUGAAUAUUAUUCAAAUGGAAUUUGUACUGCUUUGCUUGAUGAGUUUUAACCUAUUCAUUAAAACCGGCAUGAUAUCAGAGUAUAAUUAUUUGGUCCGUAAUAAUUGAUGCAUGUAGGUGUGCAAUGUUAAUACACUCUGCCAUCUUUGUAUACUGGAGUUAAUAUUGUAUAUAAAAGCCUUAGAUAAACAAACCAGGAUGAAUAGUCAUUCCAUUACCUUUAGAAUGUACAUUGUCAAUAUAUAUUUAUCUUCAGUUUGGAACUGUAUACAAUGACUGCAUGUAAAUACAACCUUUAUUCCAGUUAGUAUCCAGCAAAAGUAGUAAAAGACAGACACAGUUUUACUCUAAUUUCUUUGCCAUUUUGUUGUCAAAUCUUCAAAAAAAUUUAUUACUUUGGUAUUAUUUUAUUCUCUCGUUUUAGAUAUUGUAAACUUGUAUGUGAGGUAUAGGCCCAAUCACAUAACAAUGGAAUUUUCUAUUUGCCUUUAAAGGAAAAUCAAAAAAAUAAUCAUAUAUAUGUAAAAAUAUGAGAAUGCAUAUAUGCUUUUUACCCAAAUUAUUUGUGAAUAUUUGUGUCAAAAGAGAUUAAAGAAGACAUAGAUAAAUAAUUUGUUAAAUUUAUGUAACUAUUUAUGUUUAUUUUUAAAAUGAUUUGUCAAAAUAAUAUCAGAUCUUCAACCAUAUUGGUCUGUUCUGUUUUUAAUAUAGUAAAAACCAUUUUCCCACAUUUGUUGUUGAAACCUUAUAGAAGCUUGGUAAUGAGAUCCAGCAGCACACCAUACUGGCCUUGAUGAUAGAAUAUCAUAGCCAUUGAAUUUGCAAUAUUUAUUCGUGGAAAAAUUGUAAAUUCUGUAUUGUGAAUAGUUCAGAUAAUUUGAUUUCAAGCAUCAUUAUGUGAAUGUCUGCUCCAGAAGUUGUGUCCAAACAAGCAUGAGUGUAUUUUGUGUAUGCUACACAGUGCUGCAGACAGAACAGAUUUACAUAUAUCAGACAUCAUUGUAAAUGACUGAAGGAGUCAUGCUAGCUAGUUAAGCUUAAAUCAGUUGUUGAGAAGUUAUCACAAUUUACAAUUAAAAUGUUGUGUCAACAUAAAGAGUACUAUGGACAAACAUUCUGAUCUUAUACACAUCCUGAAGCCUUGGAUAAAUGAUGUAAUUUAUAAUACAUUGAGGCCAUCUGAUAAUUUGAUUUGUUUCUAUAUGAAACAAAUUAUGCAUGAUUUCAUGUAUUCAUUAAAUGAUUUAAUGUCCAUAAAGUGAAUAUUUGAAGUAUUUUUAGAUAUAAUUUUUUGGGGUAUGAUCCAUUAUGUUAUGUUCGUCCUGUCAAAAUUAUGAAACCAAUGAUAUUUCUCAUUAAUGAUAUUUCUCAUUAAAGUACAUGCAUUUUGAAUGUAUAGCAUAUUAAUUGCAUUUGCAAGACUUUUGUAUGAAAAAAAAUGUGUUUAAGCAUCUGAGGAAAUAUGUGUGUCAUUUAAUAUGAAUCCCUCACAGCAUCUUUCACAUUGGCAUUAUGCAUUUCCCUUUUUUUAAGUGGAAUGGAAGGAAUAAAAAGUACAGGUUGCUUAACAAAAUUCAAAAUGGUCUAAGGUACCUGAAUUUUAGACCGGUAACUGUAAGGUGAUUAUCAAUGAAAAAGGAAUGGGAAACUGGUAUUGAAUUAAUGAAACUACAUUUUAAAAAUUACCAAUGCAUUACUAGUACUCGGUGUAUCAUUGAAUUUAUUUUUUGUGGGAUACAUCAUGAUAAAUUUAGAAUUGAUUUGAUAUGAAAUUCUCAUAAUUUGCUGAGGAGCAAUAAAAUACAUGUAUAUACAUCAAUAGCAUGUUUUGUCCUCACGAAAGAAAGGUAGCACUAAUUAUUCUGAUUGAAAUUUUUGAAAAAAAGAAGAGACAUUCUACUUAGUUAUCAGAGCAAAUUGGAUCCUAUAUUAUAAUGGCAUCACAGAGGUUAACAA